GUUGUCGUCGCGGUAGGCGCGCUCUCCCCGGCCUCCCGCCCUCCGCUCUCGUUCCCCGCGUUCUUCCCGCCAGAGCCGCCAAGAGGGCGGAAGGCCGGCGGCGGCUGGAUCCCCCGCGGGCAGCCGAGGCCGAGGCGGCGGGCUCCGAAGGCCGGGAGCGGCGCAGGGAGGCCGAGGAGGCGGCGGCCUCUCCCUCCUCCUCCUUCUCCUCGCCCAGCUCGGCGCCGCCCCCUCCCCACCCGUCCUUGGCCGGCAGGAUGCCCAACAUCAAGAUCUUCAGCGGCAGCUCCCACCAGGACCUCUCGCAGAAGAUCGCCGACCGCCUCGGCCUCGAGCUCGGGAAGGUCGUCACCAAGAAGUUCUCCAACCAGGAGACAUGUGUGGAGAUCGGGGAGAGCGUCCGCGGGGAGGAUGUCUACAUUGUGCAGAGCGGCUGCGGGGAGAUCAAUGACAAUCUGAUGGAGCUGCUGAUCAUGAUCAACGCCUGCAAGAUCGCCUCCGCCAGCCGGGUCACGGCCGUCAUCCCCUGUUUCCCUUACGCCCGGCAGGACAAGAAGGACAAGAGCCGGGCCCCAAUCUCCGCCAAGCUGGUGGCCAACAUGCUCUCGGUGGCUGGGGCUGACCACAUCAUCACCAUGGACCUGCAUGCCUCUCAGAUCCAGGGCUUCUUUGACAUCCCUGUGGACAACCUGUAUGCGGAGCCUGCAGUCCUGAAGUGGAUCAAGGAGAACAUCGUGGAGUGGAAGAACUGCACCAUCGUCUCACCAGAUGCCGGAGGAGCCAAACGAGUGACCUCCAUCGCUGACCGGCUGAAUGUAGACUUUGCCCUCAUCCACAAGGAGAGGAAGAAGGCGAACGAGGUGGACCGCAUGGUGUUGGUGGGGGACGUGAAGGACCGGGUGGCCAUACUGGUGGAUGACAUGGCGGAUACCUGUGGCACCAUCUGCCACGCAGCAGACAGGCUCAUCUCCGCAGGCGCCACCAAAGUGUAUGCCAUCCUGACGCAUGGGAUCUUCUCAGGACCGGCAAUCUCCCGCAUCAACAGCGCCUGCUUUGAGGCCGUGGUCGUCACCAACACCAUCCCGCAAGAGGACAAGAUGAAGCACUGCCCGAAAAUCCAGGUGAUUGACAUCUCUAUGAUCCUGGCGGAAGCCAUCCGAAGGACCCACAACGGGGAGUCAGUCUCCUAUCUAUUCAGCCACGUCCCGUUAUAACAGUAAAUGCAGCGGCUGCUUGUGUGGUUUCUUUUUCUUUCUUUUUUUCUGAAAAAAAAAAACAAAAACAAAAUUUGUUUCAAGGUUCAGUAGAAGCUCUUGCUUGUUUGACUGUCCCUCUCCUCUGUUCCACCUUUGCACUUCCCAGAUCGUCAUAGGGGAGGACCAUCUUCUGGCCAGUCAUCCGCAGCCUCCUCUGGUAGUUUUAGGCUCCUCCCGAAACUGUUGAGCCCUUUCAAGUCAGCAGAGAACAUCUGGCCUUGCAAAGGGAGCCACACAUCCUUGGGGGGGGGGGGUGGUUGGGGGCAUAGUUUGAUGCCUGUGUGGUGUGGCUGGGUCUCUCCCAUCACUGGUCAGAAGAGGAGAUCCGGCCGGCCUCCUUGGCCCUUCUUUGGCUGCUCUGUCCAGUUCAUUUCAGAGGAGUCUCCACUCCUCCUUCCUCACCUUUUGAGGUAUUUCCUGUUUAGCUCUCUGUAGCCCUUGUCCAGCUUUCUCUCCUGUCCCUCUGCCUGAGUGGGGCCAUCCUCAGGUGCCUUGUGGGGACUCACCUCCUGCCCGGAGCGGCUUCCCCUGGUGUGGCUUUAUUUAUUGGUGCUCUUUGAUCACCCGUCUUCGCUCCCAUGACAGAGAAUGGCAGGAGUCUCUAGGCCCAGCUGCCAAGAAUCACAUCCCAAUGCCACCUUAUUUCCUUCGACUUUCUGGAUGGUUUAAGGGUGUGUGGGGGAGAAUUUUGGGAAAUAGGAGGCCUGUCGCGACUGGAAAAAUGGAGGGAUAUGGAAUGGGAGACAUGUCCUGCUUGAGACUUGGGCUGUGGUGCCUUUGAGUGACCCUAACCACCACCCCAGGAAGCAUCCCACUCUGUGAACACAGGCUCAUGUUUUGUCCCUUCUCCGUCCGUCUGUCCGGCUUAUGUGGCGUGUGUUUGCUUCAUGGCUUUGGGUCCUUCAGGCCUCUCCAUCUGUCUCCCAGGGGUUGAGAGGCAAUGAAGGAUUCAGCAGUAUUUCUGUUACUCGAGACCUCAAUGAAGGAGAGAUUAAACUUUUAUUUAAAAACCAA